AGAGCGAGAAAUGAUGAUGAAAAUGAGAGAGGAAAAUGAUGAAGAAGGAGAGAGGUUUUAUCAUCUUUUCCCCUUUAAACUCCCUUUAUCUCUCUAGGCCGUUACUCUUGUUCAAUAACAAGGCUUGAGGCUCACAAGAGUCCUUAGGGUGUACAUUUUGGUCCCCGGGCCCAAAAUUAGGCUCUGACAACUCACCCGUCAUCUUUUUAUCUUCUCUUUCAUCCAUCCCCUUCGCUCUCUCAUUCUCUCUCUCUCCUUCCAUCUCCACUAGUAGAUUUGUGGAUGCUCCCUUUGCAUCGGAGCUUUUGGUUGUUUCAACAUUUGUGAUCAAAUUUGUAAUUUUUUUUUACUCUAAAUUUAAUUGAUUAUUUAUUAUUACUCAAAGUGUUGAAUGAAUUUAAUUGCUAAUGCAGUGAACCUAAUAUUUUUUCCGUCUCAUUGUGUUGAUUAAUUUUUCUCUGCAAUCAUUUUUGUGUAAAUUGAUGAUUCUUUAAGUUCACAAUUAGGUUUACCUUUAUCUUUCUCAUUCUUCUCUUCUCUCUCCUUUCUAUCUUUAUUUUUUUUUCUCUUCUCAUAUUUUUUCUUCUUUUGCUUCAUCUUCUUGUUCAAUAAUAAUCUUUUUUUUUCUCUCUUCAUUUUCUUCAUACCGGGUAACAUAAUUUCCUUUUCCAUCACCACCAAAACCACCAUCAACAUCACCAUUCAUUUUGCUGUAUUCAUUUUUCUUGCUUCGUCUUCAACUUUUACAACUUCAACAUAAACAGCAUCAUCACCAUCACCAUCUUUCAUACUCCCUUUCUUUAUAAUCUCCUUACCCUAACCAAUUAUUUCACCAUUCACACUCCACCAUUAUACUUUUGCAACCAUUGAGUUGAUCAAUUUUCUAGUGUAUCAUUGUGUCAUCUUUAUCCCUUAGAUGUAUGACCAACAACCCACCGGGCAGCAACAAUGCCCGGUUAUUGAACCAACAGUGGAAAACAUUGAAAUGCUCAUUUAUGAGCUUUAUUAUUGUGGUGAGAGAAAUGUAUUUGCCAAUAAACAGUUGACUCUGUUCCAAAAUUCAAAGGAAUCAUGGGAUUUCUGUUGGUUACUACUUUUACCCAGUAAACCUGUUGAGGUUCAACAUUUUGGUGCCUCUUGUAUUCACCAUAAAAUAGCCAAAUGUUGGCAUGAACUGGAUAACAAUGAGGAAAUUAAAAUUGCUCUACGUACCAAAUUGUUGGAUACCCUUUGCAAAUACAUGAUGGAUGGUAAUCUACGUAUUGUUCAAACCAAAUUGUGCGUUGCCCUUUCAUCUUAUGUCAUUCGAACUGUAGACAAUUGUUGGCCCACUGCGGUUUGUGAUCUCAUUGAAAAUUUGCAUCCUGGCAAAUUAUCUCACAUCCCGGUUCCUAAAGUCAUUAAUACCCUUGUGGAGAUACUCACUGUAAUACCUGAGGAGUUCAACUCAACCAAUAUGUCCUACACCGAGAAACCAAUGAUUCGUCAACUGUUUAUCCAAUCAAUUGAUCAUAUUUUCAGUGUAAUUAAAACAAUCAUGGAACAACCAAAUUUAGGUGCUGAUGUUAAACACAUGGCGAUUAAAUGUUUCGCCAAUUGGUCACAAAAUUUUGGUUCCCUUAUCUUAAGUGAUCUUCAUGAUACUAUUAUUAACCUUAUACUCAAUGAGAUCAGUAAUGAAGAGCUGUCAGUUUGCUGUGUUGAGGCGAUUACCAACAUCUAUUCCCACCCCGAGAUACAUCGAUAUCCUAAUACGGUUCUCAAACUGAUUGACAAGAUAAUACGAUUUGAAGAUCUUCUCAAUUCAAGUAUUAAAGAUCAAAACAUGUUCCUUUCAGGAACCUUAUACAACCUUUAUAUUAGUAUCGGUGAGACCCAUUCCCGUCUCCUUUUGGACACCAUAAUUGCACGUGAACAAUGUCGAGACAAUAUCCUCAAAUUAUUAAGAAUAAUUUUACAAUGUUCUGCCACCGCAGGCUAUUAUCCAAUAGAUGAGACCUGUAGUGAGCAAGCAUUUAACUUUUGGUACACCUUUCAAGAUGAUAUAAUUGGAAGUGAACAGGAAAAAAUUCCAACCUUUCUAACUCUAUUCAAUCCACUUUAUCAUUCAUUGAUUGAUACACUUCUGGUCAAAGUUCAAUAUCCUCCGGAUUCUGUUUACUCAAAUGAUUGGACUAGUGAGGAUAAGGAAAGUUUCCGAUGCUAUCGACAGGAUAUUGGCGAUUGUCUAAUGUACUGUUACAAUAUGCUUCGAGUCUCCAUGUUAUCCUCCCUCAUGUCCCAUUUUACCCUCUCUCUUAAUCACAUGAAUCAAAGUUUGACCACCGGCUCCGAAAAACCCUGGCAAUACCUGGAGGCGGUUAUGUUUGCUUUUAGUUCAAUCGCUGAGAACGUGGACAUUACGGAAAGUGUUUAUAUAACAAAACUAUUCGAGUCACUAAAUCUGAUUCCUUUUAAUCAGCUCAAAUCACCUCGUCUCAUUGCAACCAUCAUGGAGAUGUUUGGAUCUUACUGUGAAUGGAUCUACAAUCAUCCCGAAUUUCUACCCGGGGUUCUUUCACUUCUUCUCAUGGGCCUAAAAAGUGAUCAUAUCGCCAUUGUUACCUCAACAAUGGCCCUGAAAGAUAUUACCCGUGAAUGUCAACCCCUUAUGGUGCCCUAUGCCCAUCAACUGUUAACUGCCUGUGAGGAAAGUUUAAGGCAAGAAUCUCCCUUAGCAAACAAGGAACGAUCCCGACUCAUGUGUACCAUUGGUCAAGUUUUAACGGUUAUGCCUCAUGAUUAUGUGAUGAACUAUUUAAAUGUUAUUCUACCUCCAAUCCUCCAUAGUCUCCAAGAAUCUCUGGAUCCCAAAAUCUCCGCUUGUACCAAUUUACCCUCAGUUCGUAAUAUUGUUGUUGCUCAGGUCAACAUGUUGACAAUGUUAUUUGCAACCCUUGACCCUGACUUCAAACAGGUCGACCCCGAAUCAAAUGAACAAAUUAAAGUCAGAUUUAAAGAAGAGAAAAGAGAAAUGCAUCCUGGUUUCCCGGUUUUCAAAGAGAUUCUCCCUCUACUUAAUGGAGUGGUUACUAAAUGGUCAGCCGACGAAGCGGUUAUCGAUGCAGUCUCUGAGUGUUUUAAACGAUCCUUAGCCAAUCUCCUUGACCAUGUGAAGCCCCUUGUUAUGGACAUUAUCUCCAUGAUUAACUCAGUCUACUCAAUUUCCUUCCAACCCUCUCUCCUUGACAUUCUUAAACAAAUAAUGAUUCUUUUUGGAACGGAUAGUGACCUGCAACCCUACCUGAUACCCUUUUAUGGUCAAAUAUGUAAUUUAACGGUUGCAAAUUGUGCUGAUGUGAGACAAAAUAGUUCCUUAAUUGAAUUCUUUUACUCGGUGACCGCUUUAAUAAUGAAAAAAGUGCCCAUUGUUCACAAAUCGAUGGAUAUUGAUUCCCUUUCAAUGUUCCAAUGUGCUAUGGCGGCGCUUAUAGCUGCUGAGAAGCCCACUGUUCGAGCGGUGACAAGUUUUAUCACAGAAUUUAUCCACAAAAGUCGGGACCAAGAGCAAUUACAACGAAUAGUCUUGUCGGAAGGUGAAUCCCUGGUUGGUCAAGUGUUAAACGUUAUCGGAGGCGAUUGUUCACCUCGAAUCAAUGUUGACUUAAUGACCGAUAUCUUAGUCGCUCUUAAUUCAAAGUAUCCAGAAUAUUUUUCCCGUUGGUUAUCUGUAUAUGUAAAUAAGCAAGAUUUUCCAACCGCCAAAGCGUCGACCGGAGCUAAAGAGCUUUUUGUUAAAUCAGUUCUUCGAGAGAAACGAAGUAAACGAAAGAUCAAAGAGCUUGUCAACGAAUUCGCACUAAUCUGUCGAGGUCUCAUUGGAACCGAAUAUGCUCAACAACAAAUUAAGCUACCAUACUAAUUAACUAAAUUUGAAAAUCACCAAUGAAAACAAACAAUGAAACAAAAAGUUGCAGUUAGGAAAUAAUUACUAGGAAAACCAAACAAUUAAAAAGAAACAAAAAAUCCAACAAUGACAAUGACAAUGACCAUGUCAAUUGAUAAUGAUGAUGUGUAAAAGAUGAGAUAUAAAUAUUUAAUUAUAUAUUUAUAUUUACACAAUUAAUUACAGUAUUUGAUCACUUGAACUGUUUUCAUUUCAACAGCAAUUAAUCUGUACAAUUAAUCGUGUUCAACCAAUCCACAGAGGAAGAGAGAUAGAGAAUCAACAACAGAAACAACAGAGAAAAAGUUAAUUGUUAUCAUUCAUUCUAAUUGAUAUUUGAUCACUUUUAAUCAUUAUCAAUACGAUGAUAAUAAUGAUUAAUUUAUCCUUCAUUUCAAGAUGACAAUUUAGAUGGAAAACAAAAAU